AUUCGUUGAAAGAAUGACUUAAAGUAAUGUAGUUUAUGGCCUGAUAUAUGUAAUAUAUUUUGGUUAUUAUGUUUCAUAUAUUGAUAUUGUAUCAAUAUAUUAUAAUAUAUAUAGAUUUACAUUAAAUUUGAAUAGUUCAGGGAUGCUGGCCUAUAAUAUAUCAAAUUUUAAUUUAUUUUUAUCAUGGAAACUUCAGAGCUAACGGAAGAAAGCCCUAUGAGGAGUUCAUUUACAGUUGAUGAUUUAGAUAUUGAGAUACUACCUCUUAUUUAUGACAUAUUAAGAAGUGUGGAAAAAGAUCCUCAUGAUACAACUCAAAAAGCAAAAGAAUCACAAGAUACUAGUCAUAAAAUACUAGAGUUGCAAAAGAAAUUAGAUUCCGCGAGAACUCAGAUUAAGCGGUUACCAGGAAUAGAAUAUAGUAAAGAAGAACAGUUACAAAAACUUGAAACGCUUCGUAAACAACUUCGGCUUAAGCGUGAACUUUUAUUGAAAUAUCGUAAUAUGUGCACAUUUGAAGUACCUAAAAUAUAAAUAUUGAUACUUUUUCUAUAAGAAAUAAUUUUUAUAAAAGCUAUUGAACAUGGGCAUUAUACGUUUUAUUAUGCGCUAUUUAUCGAAUAAUGAACAAUUAAUCAACAAGCUAGCAGAUUCUAAACCAAUUAGACAAACUGCUAGAUUCGUAGUUUAUUUAUUUACACAAUCAAAAUCAAUGAAUAAAAACAAUAAAUUAAAAUCUCCAUCAGAAGCUCUAGAGAUAUUAAAAAAUAUUGCCAACAAUAUGAAAAAUGAACUAAAACAAAUUAAACAAUUUAAAAAGAAGUAAAUACAUGACUAUGUGAAUACUGGGUAUAGGAAUUUAAUACGAUUUAAUGACUCAAUGUCUAUUUGUUAAUAGUCAAAUUAUUCGUAGCAUGAAAUUCUUAUCAAUGAAAUAAUUCAAUACUCUCUAUGUAGUCUUGAUUAAUAAAUAUUUCU